AUGAUGAUGAUGGUUGUUGUGCUGAUGAUGGUGGUAGUGAUGCUGCUGCUGCUGCUGAUGCUGCUGAUGCUGCUGCUGCUGCUGCUGAUGAUGAUGGUGAUGGUUAUGUUGCUGCUGAUGCUGGUGAUGGUGGUGAUGCUGCUGAUGCUGCUGGUGCUGCUGAUGCUGGUGAUGGUGGUGAUGCUGGUGAUGAUGAUGAUGAUGGUGAUGCUGCUGAUGCUGCUGCUGCUGCUGAUGAUGAUGGUGUUGAUAGUGAUUAUGAUGAUGACGAUACUGUUGCUGUUCCUGCUGCUGUUGCUGAUGCUGCUGAUACGGCUGCUGCUGAUGCUGUUUCUGCUGUUUCUGCUGUUCUUGGUAUUCUCAAACCCAGCUCUUCAGGCUCUGCUGGUGUUGGUGAAGAAACAGCCGCCACGCGACGGAGCCAAGCUGCUCGUCAUCGGCACCACAUCAGAGCCGGAAUUCAUCCGUGUGUGUGAGUCUGGGGUGUUAGAUACAAUCCCAGUGAAGCAGCUCAUUAUGGUGACGGAGAUGGCGGCGGAGAAGUGUAAACCAGGUGUGUGA